GUCUUGACGCUGGUUUUCAGUUCUAGUCCAGCUCGCCUGCAUUCCUCCUCUCUCUAAAGCCUGACCGAUAGAGACAGAGAAAGAAAAGGAAGAGAGGAGGGGGGAGAAAAGGCCAAUUAUUAUUCACAACCGUGUUGGAUUUUUUAUGAACCGACUCUUACCGGACACAUCUACCGGAAAAAAAACGGAAAAUAACCUCGACUGAGACCAGACGGCUCAGUUUGGACUUUACAAUAACGACGAAAAAGCCGUGCUUCUCCUUUUUGAAGACGGGACUUUGCGUAGAUUGGUACUGAAAAGACAUUUUCCUCUCAUUUCCACGGCGGAUAUCUCUCUUUUUUCCUCUCUCUUUUCUUAUAAUUGAGGUUUUGCAAGAUGGCUGAUGACAGCUACCCCUAACAAGGACAGAAAAGCGACGUCCCCUUUAAGAUUAGCGGGGAAUAUUAGUGUAUUUCUAUUAGUCAAAUAUCUAAAUAUGGCUGCUUUAUUGAAAUAAUGAGUGUCCUUGUCGGGAAAUAAUGCCAGGUUAGUGUUUAUUUGGACCCGAGCUUUGGUAGAAAAUGGUGAGGUGACGUCUGAGGUAAUUUACACGAUUUAUUCGAGAUAAGGAAGUGGAAAAAUAUGUUGUUGGCUAAAGGCUGAGGCGACGAUAUGUGAAUAAAGGUGGAGAGCACGGUAAUGAAAAAGAGGCCAGAGCUUGAAUCUAGAAACCAAUCAUCCUGAAAUCAGGGGAUAUUUGAUAGAUGUGUCGGAGGGGGGGAAGCCAAAGCUUCUGCAACAGCAGCCAACAUUCCUGCGGAUCCGAAAAGCCUUUGUUUUGUGCGCAGGAGCUGGACUCGACUAUUAAAACGAUUAACUAUGCAGUAAACAGACUGGAAAUGAUGGCCCGGGUAUGAUUUUCAGUUUAAUGAGAUUAUAAGGCCUUUGUUGUCGACAGUAAACUGCUAGAAAAGCCGAGGCCUUGUGUACAGAUAUGCGAGCUGUGCCACAUAGCAGGCGUUAUUCAUCCAACACAAAUGUCGCUUUUUUGUGCCAGAUUGAAGAGCUGAAGGUAGCUGUGUUGUUGUUGUUGUUGUGUAUCUGACCUGUAAAACAGCAUUUCUCUGCUCCAGGUUGUGUAUGUAUAAUUCAAUCGCAGGUGGAGGCUCCUCGGAUCCUUAUUUAUGAUUCAGCGGACAAAAGCAUUGCGCUGCGUUUGUGAUUAUUGAAGGGAAUCAAGCGUCCUUGAGGUCCUGACAAAACAGAUUCAGGUUUUUUACAAACAGCUUCGUAUGUGUGUGUGUGUUUAGUAAUCAGGGUGUGGACUGGACUAGAGCAGUCUUUUUCUCGUGGUUUUCAUGCUUGGUUUGCUGGUCUGAAUCAUAAUCCGACGCUGAAGUAAAGGGAGCUCUCAAGGUAAGGAAGGGCCUGAGCAGGCAGCAGGAAAGGAUCAAGUGUCUUUUUUUCUUUUUUCAUGUGCUAAACAGAGAUUCACUCACCCCUGUGAUCUUACAUGUAAUAUUUUAGAUAUUUGUUUCUCUGUGCCUUGUUUGCAUUUCAUGGUUUACCUGUAGCAGGCAGGAUUUUAGCUUCCUGUAGGCCUAUAAACACACACACAGAAGCCGUAAAGGCAGGUCCUCACUGCAUGUGUGUGUGUGUGUGUGAUUUAGAGAAAAGGAAAGCACCAUUUACUGUAAUCUGUGAAACGUCAGCCCCUGCUGUGUGUGUUGAAAUCAUUAAGGUGUUGUCAUCCUCGCCUGGAGCCCUCUCCGGUCAAAUAUCUGGAAUUUGCCUUCAUGCUGCAGCAAUAAGCAAUACUCAUCGUCUGUCAGGGAGACUCGUCGAAUUUGGUCACAAGGGUUAAAACACACAGACUGAUCCGCCAGGACUGCUUCAGGUCUGUUUGUAUCUUUUUUUAUUUUAUUUUGAGCCUCAUUUUUCGAGAGUGUCAGGUUUCCACAGAGGCCUGGAGGUGUGGUAGAAGUGGAAAACAGUCAGUGUAUGCCUGCCCGCACCAUUAUGGCCUCUGACAUGGCUGAGACAUGGAGGAACUGUUUUGAGGAGGAGCUCAUCUGCCCCAUCUGCCUGCACGUGUUCUCAGAUCCCAUCCAGCUGCCCUGCAAGCACAACUUCUGCCGGGGCUGCAUCAGCGAGGCCUGGGCCAAAGACUCCUCGCUGGCCCGCUGCCCUGAGUGCAAUCAUGCUUACACACAGAAGCCCAGCCUGGAGAAGAACCACAAACUGUCCAACAUAGUGGAGAAGUACAACGCUCUGAGCGUGGAGAAGGCCACCACGCCGGCGCUGCAGUGCAUCCUGUGCCGUCGAGGCCCGCCGCUCCCUGCUGUGAAAGUCUGCCUACGCUGCAACGCCCCCUGCUGCCAGUCUCACGUCCAAACGCACCUGCAGCAGCCGUGCUCGGCCCUCGGGCACCUGUUGGUGGAGGCCGAGGCGGUGAAGGCCUGGACCUGCCUGCAGCACGACGAAUACAGGCUGUACCACUGCGAGGCCGAGCAGACGGCCGUGUGUCAGUACUGCUGCUUCGCCCGCUGCCACCCCAGCCACGGCCACGCUGUCACUGACGUGGAGCUGAGACGCAAUGACAUCAGAGUAAGAAAGAUUUAUUAUUCUUUAACAAAUACCGUAUUUUUCGCAUUAUAAGGCGCACCUGAUUAUAAGGCGCAUCAUCAAUGAACGCGUCUAUUUGCGUCGAUUUUAAUACAUAAGGCGCACCGGAUUAUAAGGCGCAUUUAGCCAAACAAAACAGUCAAUAACUCAGCGAGGCUACGGACAAGCCAAAAGGAUUUAAAGUGCGCCUUAUAGUGCGAAAAAUCUGGUAUGUUUCUCAUUUUUAAUUUAAAGCUCCUGUAAAUGAUAUUUUCAUUUUGUGUCCAAUUUGGCGCCCCCUGUGCUGAAGUAACAAAAAAAAACAAUUUUUGCUGACUGUUAAUGGACAAAUAUAUCCAUUAUAGUAAAUAUGUACCAUGUGGAAAACACAGAAAGAGGCACCUCCCCCCUUGUAUCAGAUUCAGACAUAAAAAACAGCAUCAUAACAGUCAUCUUCAUAGUCGCUGAUGGUUUUAUUUGCUUUUUGUGUCGUCGACAGACACCAGUAUGAAUUUCAGCCUGUUUCGUAAGUGUCAAAAAACUCCCUACAGGAGCUUUAAUGUUAAGUUUGACUUUGUUAUCGAGUUUAGAUUCAUUUCAACACCAACAGCUCUGACACUGACCGGACAUCAGCGGUUAGAUCUAAUAUGUCAGCUUAAAAGAAACUGAACUGAUUCACCUGAAGCCUUCUCACCUCUCUGCUCCUAAAUGGUCAACUCCACAGCAAGUAAAGUGGCAGUAAUAUGGCUGCCACCAGCAGUUCAUGUCAUAAACAACAUCAUUAGAAAAGAAUUAACUUUGUGCUUAGACUCACCUCAUUUAUGGAAGAUCAGGGAUCAAUAUCAGAAGAGGAAAUGAUACUGAAUUAUUGUACUAGUCUGGAUCUGUCAACACCAAAUCAAGCCUGUAUGUGUUCAUGAGGGUGUGAAUCGGCCAUUGAGGUCACGGUCACACAUUUCAUACUCAACAUCGUCAUGAAAAAGGAGCAUAUUCUUGUUCUGUGUUUUCUUUUUCAACCUGAUGAUGAACAUUUAGUCAAGGUUUUGGGAACAAAGCAGCGGUGAUCUCCUCUCAGUCGUUAAUCUAGUUAAUAAUUCACUCCACUUCAUCAAAAACAGAACUCCCCCUUUAACAGGACCACUGCAUUUUGAUUGUGUUUCAGCCCCCGUCUGAGAGUCUUGCGCAUUUUUCAGUAGUGAUCUACUCCAGCAUCCAUUCUCAUCUGUUGGAAUGACAAACAAUGCAGUCAAGGGUGGAACAAUGAGGGGGCCCUCAGAGGGCCUUAUCUCCCCAGCACAGGUGCAUCCUAGCUCAGGGAUCGCCAGUUGUGAGAGGGGGCGGGAGUGGGGACAAGGGGAAGGGGGAUUAAAGUGAUUUGUCACUUGAUUCUGCGGCCUACUUGAGGGUUUUUUUAUUAACCUCUUCUCUUCCCGGGGGUUUGGCGCUCGCUGUCAUCCAUUGGGCCAAAGGUCCCAUGGUUUCCCUGUGUUUUAAAAUGACGGGUAAGUUUAGUCAGAAGGAGAACAUUGGAGGCUCCACCACCAACUGACUCAUGCAGAUCACCCAACACCCUGUUAAGGUGUCACCGUCACAUACUUGGGUGUAUUUCCUGCUGGUAACGCUAUGACUCAGCUUUAUGUAUAGUUAAUUGGUCGCCUGGGGCACAGGAACCACCGAUGGGUGGGACCUGGUCUGGAUCUGAAAGCUUUAGCACUGAAGUCCUAAACACUUAAAGCUUGACGUCAUUUUCCUCCAUCAGGGCGGCUGAUAAGACGACUCAUCCCUGUCUGUGUCGGUUCUCAUUCAUGUUCUUUGGAUGUAGAAUUAAACUGCGUGUGUUUUUCUUCACAAACAUAACAAGCGGCUAUUUUGCAAUCUGUCCCCGACACUUAAAGAUCAUUCUGAACAUUCGAUUUAUAGGCGCUUAGUGUUAACGCGCGUGAGCUGCUACUGCCCAGUGUCGAUAUUUACCCUUACCCAGGAUUUCCACCGCAUCCGGAAUGAUCAUUUUCACCGUAUGCCUAGUCCUACCAGAUCCGUUUGUGAGGCAAAUUUUGUGGCGGAUUACAGACAGCAGGAAUCACGAGAACUCACAAGAAUCCACGGAUUCACGUGAUUCACGCGAUGAGUUGUCUUUAGCCACAGAGGCUAACCAUAUAAGCCGUAGAUUGUGUCCUUCCAGAGGAGGAAAUCCACUUCUAGACCUUUAAAAUCAGCAUCUCCUCAUCCAUGGUGUCAUCGGGAUGAAAUGCUGUCUAUAAACCUUUCACUUGUUUGUAUGAUGUGAAAUACGAUCCGACUGAAACACGGAUGAUUUCUUUGUCUGUACCCGCCUUCCUUUCCAGCACGGGUUAAUCUGUGCUGAAUUUAUCCAGCAUGCUCCAGCGUCCGGAAAAAACAGAACUCUUGCGAUCAGCUGCGGAGAGCGGCAAUCUGCCGUGGAACGGAAAGAAGCCGGUGGAAAUUGUCACAUUAACUUGAAUGGUUACGAUCAGCUACCAUCAGCGGAUACAGCCUUUUUGUAGCCGUUCCGGAUGCGAUGGAAAUUGGGGUCUUUAUCUGCCGAUGUCGAUAUUGUGCUAACAAUCGUGACUCCCAAAUGAUUAAUGUCAUACUUAGAUGUUUGUAAUCUGAGUGAAUCAGUCGGUCAUUGCUAAAGUGCUGCCAGUCAUACCUGUGAACACUGAAAUGAUGGUGUUUACAUUAGAUUUACACAGAAAAUACUGCAUGUUUAAAGUGUGUAGCUUUGGAUAAUGUCAGAAUGUGAAGAGCAUGAAGAUUAGAAAUAUAUUUACUAUCACACUGAUGUUGAUUUUGGCCAAAAUGUCCCUGACUCAUAAAUAAAUCCCCCCUCUGACCGCCAUCAUUAAGGCGUCCUCCAUGUUUAAUGCUACUAAGGGAAGCAGAGUGGACCCCCUCGGCAGACACACUACAAAGCUGCCCCACUCCCCUCCUCAUCCCCGCUCUAAACCCCACCCCAUCCGCCAAAUUCACCUCACCCCCUCUCACCAUCCAGCAGCCUCUCCAGGCGAGGACAGACCUUCCCCCUGGCCCCGCUCUCCUGCUCUAGUGGCUCUGAUGGAGAAGACACUGUGGUGAGAUGACAGCUAAAGAGCACCCUCCCCUCUUACUCCCCCUCCCCUGUCUCCCUUCCCCAAAGGUAUCCCAUACAUCGAGCUGCAACCCCCCCUCUGGGGAGGAGCUCCGGCUCCUUCCACCCUGUUUUUCCCCUGGCUGCUGCUCGGAGCCUAACUCAAUCAAUCAGCACAACCAGGUCACAGUCCUGGAUCUAACCAUGCCAACUGUGUGUGUGGGGGUGUGUGUGUGGGUGUAUGUGGGUGUGUGUGAAAGAUAUCUAGGGCAGCGGUUCCCAACCAUGUGCCACUGAGACCCAAGAGUGUGCAGGUUUUCAUUCCUAUCCGGCUCUGCAGCAGCUGAUCACUAAUGAUAAAAUCAGCUGUUGUUUUGUAGAGGGGCUGGAUGCCAUGAUGAUGAUGAUGAUGAUGAUUAUGAUGAUUACAUGUGAGCCGGCCCUCAGCCUGUUGUAAACAACGGAUUAUUGAUCAGCGGUAGACCCCGGAAGAAUUAGAGAAUGUUGUUUACUGAGAGUCCGCCCUGAAAGGAGCAUUUUUCAACACAGUCCAAACACACAAAACAAUAAUCGACAACUCCAAGCUGGUUUUCUUUCCAAAAUACAGAACCUCGUCCUCAAUCUGACCCUGAAUAUGUGGUGUGAAGAGCCUUUUACACAGAAUUACAGUCAAAAAGGACAUAAACAUCAAACACAACGGUGAAACAGUGGACGUUUUUACAGCAGUCUGUUUGUUUCCUUGAUUACUAAUUUUAGUACAAGAAAAAAAAUUAGAUCUUCAUUGAAAUAACACAAAGAAACAUGUUCCUGAUCAGUCAACACAUACAAUCGAACUAAAGUAAUUUCCCCCAGCUUGAACUGUAAAUAUGAUAAAAAUUAGAAAAGAAGAGAAGAGUGACUCAGAAGUCUCAUUACUCACUUUAAUUUAAUUACUAGUAUGAGGAUGUAGCAUUAGCGUGCUAUAGCAUAUGCUUCAACAGUAAAAUCUGCCCUAAAAUUCAUGGUGCAGUGAAAUUUAUAGUGCAAUAACAUCCUUGAAUGCAUUCUCUCUUUUCUUUUUGACUAAAAUAGUUUUUAAUGGACCGUUUUUUUCUUUUUUAACUAUCAUAAUGUGCAUGAGUGUGACCAGCAAAUACAGUAGUACACUGUCGCUUAAGGUUAGCAGCUAAUUUUUCAGUCAUUUGAACAGGAUUUUAAAUUUCAACCCAUCCAAAGAUAAGAAAACACUCAGAUAACAGUCAAUAUUGAACAGUUUAUUUGAUACAGAUGGACAGUCUUCAAGUAAAUGAGAUGCAGUUGGUUCGCUGAGUGUGUCUAACAUCAGCAGAGUGAGCGCCUCCGCCCUCACCUGCCCGGGCGCGAUAUUUUUUUUCCGUUGGAUGGUAGGGGAAGGUCCCGUCUCCUUCGCCUCUGAUUGGCUAGAUGUGCUGGGCUCUGAUUGGUUAUUCCUUAUGGCUGUGAAACGUCAUCUUCUGUCAGGUUAGGGUUUGGAGAUUCAGGAUUGCGAUAAUGUUCUGUUCGAUGUACAGAGCAGACAGCCCGCGCUCGGCUUGAGCGUGUGAUGACGUUUCACAGCCAUAAGGAAUAACCAAUCAUAGCCCAGCUUUUCUAGCCAAUCAGAGGCGGGACCUUCCCCUACCAUCAUACAAAAAAAAUAUCGCUGGGCUGGGCUGGUUCUUCCUUUUAAAGGGUUUAAGCAGGCAGAGUCUAAAUACAAAACAAAAACACACCACCUGUGUUUGUUUACAUCAGGGUAGUUGAGGUCCGUAAAGCAGUAGCUCCAAACCAAUAGACCCUUCUAGUGGUGGGCAGCGGCACUACAGUUUAGUUUUAACAUAUUACAGGUAAUAAGAAUGAGUUUAUCCGAUCAGGAAUUCUGUGCGAUGAGAACAAUCAAUCAUUCGUUGACUAAAAGUGGUUAUUCCAGUCUGUUAGCAUGUUGAUGUUCGCUCUUAGUUCAUUCAGUGUUGUUUUCAGGGACCCACCACCCAUCAUCAGACUGAGAAAAGGCUUUCAGGAGUUUUGAGUCAAAGCUUAAGUUGACGUUCAUUGCCGUUGUUUUCAGUCCGAUGAGAAACUUGAGAAGGAAGAGUGGAGGAUGAGGUCUUUAACAGAUGAGAGUCAUUGCAGUCUGCCCUUUCUACUCCCCGUACCACCUGUUUUGUGUUUUUUUGUUCUGUUUCUUUUAAGAUUCUAAGAUUUUACAGCUGUUGUUUUGGAUUCUUAAUGCUUUUUAAUACUAAAAAAAACAGCUUCAUCUCCCUUAAAAAACGUCCAACAUUAUAUUUUUAUAACAAUGCAGAAAGUGGAAAAACACCAAGGAAUGAUCAAAACAUAAAAAUACAUAAAAGCUAAUUUAAAUACACACUCUGUUCUUCUGCUGAAUGCACAUAUACUGUACCUUCCUAUACGUACUUAUAAACUGAGUUUAAAACCAUCACACAUGCAAGUAGGACACCUCAUACAUAAGGAUGGAUUCGUAAGAGGAUGUAGAAAGUCCACAACAGACUGGUUUUUCCACAAACAAAGCCCACUUAGACACAAGUGGACAACUUCAACUCCAUGCUGAAACCUGAAACCAAAAUCAUGUGAUUUGCCAACAUGCUCUGCAUUAAAAUGAGCUUAAGCUGUCUCUUAACUACAAACUUUACCACAGUUUAAGUCUGGAUGACAUCAAAUGCUCUACCUUUAUUUAUAAAAAAAUAUUCACUAACCUUUGUCAGUAACUUUUGAACUCUCAUCUAUGGAGUAACUAGAAAGACUAACGGUAGAUUGAUGAUAAAGCUGGUUAUUGGCAUUUUGAGAUAGUUGGAGUUGGCCUAGAGCUGAGAAAGUAAUUAUAUUCUAAUUCUAAUGACGAUGUUGGUCACAAAAAUAUGAUAACACGGACUGAAUGAUUAUUGUGCUGCCUGCUGCGUAGCUCCUUUUUCGCUCAAAAUGUCGAAUAAAGCGCGGGUUGGGGGUUGGAAUGGUGUGUACCUGAAAAACCAAGAGACAGGAUGAGCACUUUGAGAAAGACACCGUAGAGAUUUCACGACUGCCAGGCUCAAAAGUAAGAGAUAUAAUUCUGAAUUAUGGAAAAAUACAGACUUAAGUCUUGACAAUUUAAAGGGCGUUACACAAAAGCUUGAAAAAUCUAAAUGAUUCUGAACAAUUUAAUGUUUUUUCAUCCUUAUCUUCAGCUUAAAUCUGAAACUGCGACUGGCAGGUGUCCACUCCAGUUCAGCAAUUUAGCCUCUCAUUUAUUAUUAUUCCUAUUACUAAGUUGUGGUAUUUCAUCAAAUGCAAGAGAGCAAUAGUGUAAUCGCCAACUGAUAUAUCCACCGCUAGCCGACCUGCUCUAAUACAGAUGGACUUCAGCAGCUGAAAAACAGACACUGGUCUCAGUCAGUCUGCUCUCCACAUGCAACCAUCUGGGUGUUUUUUUGUUAAAAAUACUUAAAUGAUAAUUUUUUUUUAUGGUGUUUUCUUUUUUUUUUUUGGGUGACCUCCUCUCUGUAAAUACACGAGCAUCUUUUCCACCGUAAGCUCUGAGAGGAGCUGCUGGAGCUUUUUCUGCCUCUGUGUGCCCAUUUAUUUAUCUCUGCUCACUGCCCCCAGCUCCCCCAACAUUAGUCCUCACUCACUAAUGCAAACACAAAAUAGCUGUUGGUUGCCAUGACAGCACACCCUCCCUUCCUCCCCCGCAGGGAUUGUGUGUUGGAUGGAGACUAAAUUAGCCGUCUCCUGGAUUCUUAAUAUUUCAGGCACGGGGAGGGGAUGCUUGCAGCUAGCUAAGGCCACAACUUCCUGAAGCUCAAGAGUUUAUUUUUGAUCUCAUUUUACAGCAAAACCUGUUGAGACAGCAGGAGCGUGUGGAGGAACGAGUGCAGGAGAUCGAAGAACAGCUCUGCAAACUUGACUCUGACAAAUGUGUGGUGGAGGUAAGUGUAAACACGCUGCGCUGUGGACACGCGCAUUCACAUGUUUUUAUUGAUUUAAAGCAGCUGAAAUGAAAAGUCCUGUUUGAGCGGACUGACGUUUGUUUGUUUCUUUGUUUGUUUGCUCCACAGGACAGAGUGUGUGAGCUGAAAGAGGAGGUGCGUCUGCAGUACCAGCGGAUGCACCAGCUCCUGGAGGAGGAUCUCGGUCGGACACUGGAGGCUCUGGACCGUGCUCAGGCUCGCUUCUGCCAGGAGAACGCCGCACAGGUUUUGGUUCUUGGUGAGCAGCGCCACGAAGCCCAGAAGCUGCUGAGCUCCAUCCAGACGGCCUUCAACAAGGCGGAGGAGCUGAGCUUCAUGAAAAACACCAAGCCUGUUAAAAUCCUCACAGACAGGUGAGCGAAACACGCCAGCCGAGGAUCAAAAAAUAGAAAUUUUCCUUUUCUGCCUCUGGGUCUGUCAUAUGCAAGUUUUGCUCCUAAACUGACUCUUAUCUUCAAUUUUGCAUGUCUCUUGGCGCGUGUUGCAGGUCUCAGGCAUGUGUGGGCAGCAGUCUCCCUCCUUAUAAAGUCGGGAAUCUAAACUCGAAGCUGUUCCUCUCUGAAAUCUCCAAAAGAGAGAAGAGCUUGAAGAGAACGAUUGAAGGUAGGACCUCAAACAUGCUCAUUGGGCUUUAACUUAAAUGAGGGCUUUAUUUUGAUAACCAUUUAUCUCCACUUAUUCCUCACCUCUCUUUUCUCUCAGCUCCUAUCACCCCUCCUUCGACCUUCCUGCAGUCUGUUCCUGCGUAUCCCAGCGGCCAGAGCUCUGGCUCCGGAUCAGAGAAACGGAAACAUUCCACUGCCUUCCCAGAGGGCAACAGCAACGUCGGAAAAAACGCCGCUCCAGGUUUCAAGGACUCCUCCUCCUCCUCUUCCUCGUCUUCUUCCUCAUCUCUUGCCAAGCAGCCCUACCUGGGCUCCGGCUCCAGUUCCGGGGAAGGCCAGUCUACCAAUCAGCAGCCCCUCGGUCCCUGCGGCCCGCCUCACAUCAGCGAGAGCGGCGGGACAGGAAGCGGAAGCGGCUCUCUGAGCAACCAUCACUCAGGCUCCGUGUUCGGCUCCUCGCACUUUCCUCCUGGAGGCAGCAGCUCCUCACACUCUUCCCAGCAGGCGGUGCUGCCUCAAUAUGGCGGCCGCAAGAUCCUGGUGUGCACGAUGGAUAACUGCUACUGCUCCGGAGUGCCCUCAGUUUCAGGCCACCGUAGCCACCCUCCUUACCCACGCUCGGGCUCCUUCCCCUGGGUCAGUGCCCAGGACUACCCUCCUCCUCCUGGUCUGGCCUCUGGAGGUCCGUCCAUGCAGGGCCUGGCAGUGAGGGACUGGAUAGACGCCUCACAGACGCACAGACAUGCAGAUUUUUACGGGCUGUAUGGGCAGCCGUCUACAAAGCACUACGUCACCAGUUAACAGAGUAGACACACACCAACACACAAACACGAUUAUACACAGACACACACACUCAGAUGUAGAGACAGGCACCAAAAUGGCACACAAUUACCGACUUAUUAACCGGACAAAAACACAUUUAUACUCGAAACACGGUAAAAUAUUAGAACUUAUAUCCACACACACACACAGAUGGAGAACACGUAAACAUAUUCGGGGGCAGGGUUGAUCUCUUUGUGUGUUUGUUUUUCUUAUUGUCUUUAAUUUCAGUUUCAUGUAGUGUAUUAUACGUUAACAGCCAUCCGCAUCACUCUGGCACAACUUAGCUCAGCAUUUUCCACACACAAACAUCAAACACAAGGCGCGAGAGGAGACAUCCUGCUUCUCUUUCUUUCCGGAGCAGGAGACGGAUUGAUAGAAAAUGAACCUUUAAUAGAAGAUCUUCUCCUGCCUCUUCACUGACGCUAAAGGGAAAAGAGAUAACACCAGGCAGUUUUGACCUUUCCAGUUUAGCGCUUCGUCUGAUAUAAUUACCCCUCCAGUCGUGCUGAGGUCAGUUGCCUUAUGUUAUUAGCGUCAUAUUUUGCUCUGCCCAGCUCACGUUGUUCGAUAGAUCCUUUAAUAAGGGGCUGCAGUCCCUUCAUGUCUCUUGAUUUGUAUCUUCAUUGCAACACUUCCUUUCUUUGCUGAGUUCAGGGAUUGAUCGUACGGCUUGAACACAAAACGCUCUUCCAUGGAACACCCACAAUGCACUUGUGGACGCCUUGUUAUGCCUGGACUGCAUACCUGCAGAGGGACACUGGAGCUCAAAUGGGGAUGUUGUUCUGAUUCCUAACGCUCUGUUUUUCCCGCUACCAGGCUCUCCACGGGACACAGACGCUCUUCUCCCGACGAAGACUGUUUCCAUUUAGUACUUAACAUGACUUUGUGAUAUUUGGUACAUCUGUAAGUGUCAUGAUUGUCCGAGAGAGACUCUGAUUUGAGAGAGAAAACAGGACAAGACUGGACAGACCAAACCAAUCAAGCACCUGGAGGAUCUGAUGAUGCUGUAAUUGUACUUCCUGCAGGGCAAAGAUGUCACUUCCUCUCAAUAAGCACACGAGCUCUUGGCUUCCUGUUUGCAGCUAAAAGCAUGCAAGGAAGAGUUUUUAAAGCACUCAAAAGAAGAAGAAGAACAAUGGGAGGGAAAUGUAUGCGGUUUUAAAUUGAGUGUAAAGAAAAAUACAGUGGGUGGGAGGAAUUUUUUUCAUGAACUUUUUCUAAAAGACCAGACUGGACUGCGAGAUGUAAGCAAUUGUCAUCAUCCUAAAAAGGAGCUGUUACAACAGUCAACAUAAAUAGAAAAAAAAGACAUAAAAGUAUCUUUUUUUGUAAAUAUUUUGUGAAAUGGAAAAAUAAAGACGUGAUUUGGAGAAGGGUUCCAAAUAAACAAAUUUAAAGCAG